AUGAAGGUCGCGACAACGGACCUGCUUGGCCUGUACGGCGUCAAGGGCUAUGUCGCUCUUGUGACGGGCGGAAGCAGCGGCCUAGGUUUCAUGAUCUGCCGGGGCCUCGUCCAAAACGGCGCAAAGGUCUACCUCGUCGCCCUCCCCAGCGAACCUAUCGAAGCCAAGGUCGCCGAGCUCAACGCCCUCGCCGAGGGCUGCUCCUCAGGCGGCAGCGCAGCGGGACUGGCCUGCGACGUGUCCUCGAAAUCCGCGAUCGCCGAGCUCGCCGCGCACAUCGCGACCAAGGAGACCCGGCUGGACCUGCUCGUCUCGAACGCGGGGAUCCGGCGCGACCCGCAGGUCCCAUGCGACGUGCUGACCGCGCCGCUCGAGGAGCUGCAGCGGUCCAUGUGGUCGCACGCCGAGACGGACUGGCGGGACACGUUUGCCGUCAACACCACGGCGCACUACUUCCUGUCCGUGGCGUUCAUGCCUCUGCUCGCAGCCGCGGCCGCCGCGAAAGAGGGAGGGCAAGGGGAUGGGCGCGGGGCGGUCGUGGUCACGAGCUCGUGCGCGAGCAUGCAUAAUGUCACGAAUGUCGACCUGUCGAGCUAUGCGGCCAGCAAGGCCGCCACGGACCAUCUGGUCAAGCUGCUGGCGGCAAAGUUUGGGCGGUGGUAUAUCCGGGUGAACGGGAUCAAUCCUGGCUUUGUCCCGAGUAAUAUGAACCCCGUCGGUGCGGAGGGCAACAUGUUCAGCAACCUGUUUGACCAGGUGCCGGCGAAGAGGGCUGGCAACGAGCAGGACAUCGCCGGCGCGGUGUUGUACUUGGCCAGUAGAGCUGGGUCCUAUGUAAAUGGCACAUCACUUGUCAUAGAUGGAGGACGGAUCCUGGUUGCCAAUGGACAGCAGUAGGGACGGCUUGGCAUUGCAC